AUGGCAUCCCAUUUACGGCAAUACAUGCCAGCCAAACCUCAUAAGAGGGGCAUGAAAUUAUUUGUACUUUGCGACUCUUACGGAUUUUCAUAUGCCUUCGAGUUGUAUUCUGGCGCAGGUGAUAAUAAAGUCCCAAGUGGAGUACCAGAUUUGGGAGCAGCAUCCAAUGUGGUAUCAAGACUGUCACAAAUAAUACCAGAUCAUAAGCAGCAUAUACUUUAUUUCGAUAAUUAUUAUACGGCAAUACCAUUGAUGAUUUAUUUGUAUAGCAGAGGCAUAUUUUCCUUGGGAACAAUUCGAACGAAUCGAAUUGCCAAUUGCAAAUUAUCUACGGACAAGCAAGUCCAAAAAGAAAAACGCGGAUAUUCUGAAGAAUAUGUAGCUUCUUGUCAGGGUGUCGAUAUUUCCACUACUCUUUGGAAAGAUAAUAAAUGUGUGAGAUUAGCAUCAACAUAUGUGGGGAUAAAACAAUUCAUCAAAGAUAAUGAGACUGAAGUAGAACAGAAAAUCGCACGAUAUGAUAGAGUGCAAAAGAAAAGGAUAGAAGUUGAUUGUCCAACUAUCAUUCGCGAAUAUAACGCCCAUAUGGGUGGUGUAGACUUGAUGGAUGGUCUUAUAGGGCGCUACCGAAUCAAAAUGAAGACUAAUUAA